GCUUUCAGCUAAAAUGCGAGCAGACUUAUUCGAUCUUCUUUCCGAUAUCGAAUUCUUCCCUAACCUAAUUCGAUUGCGGAAUGCAUAUAAAAAGUUAUUUUACUUUUCUAUUUUCACGGAUUGUUUGAAAAGACAAAAAUAUGUAAAAUGUGUAAUUAGAAGUAAUUUUUAAUGAAAAUAAUUAUACAUCUGUAAUAUAGUUAUAGGAAAAUCAUGGCAAUGUUCGAAGUAUUGCGGAAAGAUUAUAGUGAUUAUUUACAGCAGCAUUUCAAGCUGUUGGACGUUUCGUUGUUCCAAAAGAAAUGCAUCGAACGUUGUGCGAACGACGGUGAUAGGAAAGCGGCGAUCGAUCAGGCACUCCGAGACACUCUACUGGUGGUGUUAGCGGAAAACGUUUCUGGCAAUGUGCAUUCUCUCGAAUCGUAUAUCACAUUCUGUAUAGAAUUAUGCAGGAAGGAUCUUGCAACAGCUAGUAUGCCAGUAAUGCUACUCGGCGAUAUCUUUGAUUCAAUGACAUUAGAUAGAUGCGAACAGUUAUUCACCUUUGUGGAAAACAAUGUCACCGUGUGGAAAGAGGAUCUGUUUUUUACUGCCUGUAAAAAUAACUUAUUGAGAAUGUGCAAUGACUUGCUGAGAAGGCUAUCACGUUCGCAGCAAACUGUAUUUUGCGGCAGAAUUCUACUUUUCCUGGCAAAAUUCUUUCCAUUUUCUGAGAGAUCUGGUUUGAAUAUUAUUAGCGAGUUUAAUUUGGAAAAUUAUACCGAGUUUGGUUCAGAAACUGAGGAAGAUGAUUUGGAACAGAUAACUAAGGACGAUGACAAAUCAGAGAACAAAAUACCAAUUGAUUAUAAUUUAUAUAGAAAGUUUUGGGCGUUACAAGAUUUCUUCAGAAAUCCGAAUCAGUGUUAUAGUAAAAUGCAUUGGAAAGUCUUUUCAGCUCAUGCAUCUAAUGUACUAUCAGCAUUUGCUUCUUUUAAAUUGGAGGAGCAACGUAGUUAUCCUUCAACAUGCAUCAAGAUGGAUACCUCUAUGGAAGGCUCUCAUAAAGAAACUCACUAUUUUGCAAAAUAUUUAACUAACCAAAAAUUAUUGGAAUUGCAGUUGUCAGACUCCAAUUUUAGACGAUAUGUAUUGCUGCAAUUUCUCAUUCUUUUCCAGUAUCUGAAUAGCACUGUAAAAUUCAAGGCCUUCCUUGCCAGUGGCUAUGAGACAAGUGAAACACAUGAGCUCAAGCCGGAUCAAGUCGAAUGGGUGAAGACCACUACUGAACAAGUUUAUAAUCUAUUAAUUGAGACACCACCAGAUGGUCCCACAUUUGCGGAGACCGUGAAAAAUAUUUUGAAACGUGAGGAACAUUGGAACGCAUGGAAGAAUGAAGGUUGUCCGCCAUUUAAAAAACCGACAUCGGAUGUCAGUGAUGAGGAACCGCGAAAACCAAAGAGACCAAGACGACGUAUUGGUGAUGUAAUUAGAGAUGCGCAAGCAGUUGGCAAAUAUCACGUGGGAAAUCCAGAACUUACGAAAUUAUGGAAUCUAUGUCCAAAUAAUCUCGAGGCAUGCAAAUCUAAGGAUAGAGAUUUUCUUCCAUCCUUAGAAACUUAUUUCGAAGAUGCCAUAAUGGAAUUAGAUCCUGCGGCGAUGGUUGAUGAUAAAUACAAGAAAGUAAAUGAUGGUAAUUUUGGUUGGAGAGCGUUGAGACUAUUAGCGAGGCGAAGUCCACAUUUCUUUGUACAUGGCAAUUAUCCUAUAAAUAAAUUGCCUGAAUAUCUUGAGACAAUGAUCAAGAAAAUUGCCAAGGAUCGUCCACAGACACAAUCUGAUGUGAAAUUGGAAACUGAGGAAACGCCACCAUCAGAAUCUACCGAUCAGGAAUUCAAUGAAGAUGUUUUAAAGCAGGAAAGUGAACAAGUAGAUGCUGAGAGUGCCGAUAUGAAAACGAGGAAGUUGAACAAAGUCACAUCGGAAAUGGUAGCGAAAUUAUCGGAAAGUCUGAAAAAUGAUUGGAAAAAGUUAGCUACGAAAUUUGGUUAUACAAAUGAUGAGAUUGCUUUCUUCCAAAGCAAAACAACACCGUACGAGCAAUGUAAAACUAUGCUCGAGAUAUGGGCAGAAGAAGACGAAGAUGCAUCAGUUGAAAAUUUGGCUUAUAUUUUAGAAGGUUUAAAAUACACAGAGGCAUUAAUGAUAUUGAAAUCUUAGGAUCUCUUUUAAUUUAUUAAAUAAUGAUAAUUGUAUUAUUAUAUUGAUUACGUAUUUGUGAAAAUUGUACAAUAUAUUAUC